GGCAGCCAGGGGUUGCUGUGGGGAAUGACGCCACUGUCACGCUACAGCCCGAUAGCGGCGUAGCCCCCCAGGUCCUUAUAUCGUGGCCAUACCCCCGGCCCUGGCCCACCCCGGCGCCAGGUGUCCCGGGGCCGCUGGAACAAAUGGUGGGAAGGCGGCAGUGAAGGUAAUCGUGGCUCCUUAGUGACCCGGGGUUUGUGCGGUCCAGGGCCUCUGCUCGCCCGGCGGUGUUUGAAAAGGGAACGUUACCCAGGAAACCCCUCCCUCGGCCGGGGCAAGGCAACGCACUCAGCGCAGGGUAAAUGCAAUAACUCCGAUGAAGAAGAAACAUACAAGAUAAAAAUGAAACUUGCGGCUCUGUUGCACCUGUUAGCCAACGAUCCCAAAGUGCUUCCUAAAUCUGCUAAUAAAGUGAGCCUCCCACUCUGCUCCCCUUUGGAGUAACAGCCCAUUUUACAAAUGGGGAAGGAGAAGCUGCAACUUGCCUCACACAAGCCUGUGGCAAAGUCGGCCAAAAACCGCAAUCUCCUUCCCUCACUAUAUUUGAACCAUCAGAACAUGGUUCCUAGGAGUUCCCCUCUGGCACUAGUGACUUACUCCUGCUUGGUUCGAGUUCAUGUACUGCUUAAACUGGCUUGUCCUUUCACCCAACACAGAUCUUUUUACUGAGGAUCUUAAAGCACUUUAUGAACAAUCAUUAAUCAAGACUUAGCAGCCAUGGAAAGCAGGAUUUAUCAUAACCCUUUCUGUUAAGUAAUGCUCAGAUACAAAAGAAAUUUAAAAAUCCAUCCGGAAUUCAGUGACACCCAGUACAGGCACCAGUGAAUAUGUCAUUCAGUCAAACUAGACCACCAACAUCAGAGUUGGUAGAGCUUCAUGUUUUUUAUGUCCCAGAAGAAGUGUGGAACUUCACAUUAAAUACAGUUUCUGCAGAUCUUACUAGCAAAUUCAUUUCAGCUGGAUUUAUAAGGGUGCCUCGUCAUGUCACAUUGAGAGCACUGCGGGAGCAGCUUGGAGACUUCCUGGGUGAAGAUGCUGUUGCAGAUAAGUUUAUAUUUCUGAAACAUAUAGGGAAAAAGCUAGCAGUGGUGAAGGCAAAGCAAGAAACAGAACUGAAACUCAAGUUAUUUGCUCCCCCACAUGCACUUCAUCCCGAAUUAUAUUUACUCCCUGGAGUGGACCACUUAGAAAUUGCUUAUUCAUCAUCAGCAACUCCAGAUACACAGCACUUUAAUGCAGAAUCCCGUAGGUCUCCCCAUGGACCAAGUACUUUAAAUCUUUCAAAGAAAGAGCCUGAAAAAAGUCCAACAUUUCUAGAAAGUCCACAGAAGAAUACUCUCAUGCAGAAUCAAGAAGAUUCUAGUUCUUUAGGAUGGAGUGAGACAGAAAAAGAAAUGAUUUCAGUUUUGCACAUAAAACCUGAACAAAGCCUGAACAACAGGACUCGGGGAAAACAGAUUCCACAUAGAAGGAAAGAUCAAAUUGGAUCCAAUGGAUCUCUCCGCAUACCAAGUAGUUUAAAUCCCACAAAAUGGGAGUCUGGAAAAAAUCCUACAUCUUUGGAAAGUGCUCAGAAAAAUCAUCUAAGCCAGGAUCAGAACGAAUCUAAUACACUUAGGUGGAGUCAGAAAGACAGAGGGACUAUUUCAGGUCAUCAUGUAAAACAGAGCAUUGAACAAGCCAAGAACAAUGAGACUCAGGAAAAUCCCAUUCCCUCUGGAAGAAAAGAAGAAAUCCCUAUAGUGGUGGUUGCAAAUGUGGAAAAUAGAGGCAAUCUAAAAGCUAUCAGGAUGGGAAGAAACACUACAGGGGAUUCCGGAAUUCCAGAAUCAUUGGAAGAUGGAGACAAGGAAUAUUUGCACAAUAAGAAAAGCCCUCAGCAGCCUGGAAUUAGAGAAUCUGUGACUGACGUUGGUAUCAAACAGAAUGAUAAGACAGAUAAGAAUAAUGUAAAUCGUCUUGAGUAUUCAAGUCAAUACAUUUCUCCUCCUCCGCCACCAUCUCUUUCUAUAAACAGAUCUCAAGUUCCCAUAUUUCAGACAGAGAAAAGCAAGAUGGUUGAACAACUGAAACAAAUGAAGGCAGAAAGAAGGCAUAUGGAAAGAACUAGAGAGGAACUGGUUAAAAAAGCCAAAGGUUUGCUUGAACAAAAUAAGCUGAGGCGAUAUCAUGCUCGUGAUGCAUGGAAAAAGAAAUACUUUGAAACUAAGAAAGCUACAGCUUCAUUGGAGGAUAUUUUAAAUAAACUGCGACAAGAUGUAGAGCUUUACUACCAAAAGUUACUGUUGCAGCUGGAAGCCAGAGAUAUCAGGAAACGACCAAACAAUUUAACACACAUCGCAAACGCCAAGAACACCACAAUCAUCCAGAUUACAACAGUGCAGCAUGAAAUUGAUCAACUAAAGAGAAAGCUGGACAAUACAAAAAUGAAACUCAUAAUAGAAAUUAAGUUCUUUUGCAGAUGAGAAAGCAGGCAGCCUCUGAUUUACGAGCAUUGAGAGCAGAGCUGGCACAGAAGAAAAUUCAGUCAUCUUUAAUACUCCAGUCUGAAACACCAGUAUUUUAGAAGGAUCACAUUACUUGGGAUUGUGUAAUAUAUUUGUACAGAAGCUCAACAUGACCGUAUUUGUUUUUAUAUUCCUAUGCUUUUAUUGUAAGAGACUUUUCAAUAUGUAAGAUCAGAUAAUUGUAUAUGUUAAAAUAGAGAUAUAAUUUAUUUAAAAUGCCCUAAAAUAGCUCAAGCUAAUAAUUGUAACUCAGUUGUAAUUCACUUAUACAACAUGCAGUUUAAUGUAUUAGUGUGUUUAUUUUUGAC